UUAAGAUUACAUUUUUAACCACUCCUAUUAAGUCUUUCUUUACUUUUACAUCACCUAACUACGGUAUUAUUGUGUUAUUUAUUUGCAGUACAUGUCCGUCCGUGGAUAGUUAGGCGGUCCCUUUGCUUUCAAUCGCGUAAAGUUAGCAUUUAACACUAGCUAAGAAAACACUGUCCAGGUUUAGUGGAAAAACCUGAUUUAACUGUUAUCAAAUAGUUUAAUUUUAACUAAAACUAUGCAUACUUUACAUUAGCUCGACUUAAACUUCAGUGUUUUCCUCGAGGAUGCCCACCUGAACGUGCCUGUCCCGUUAGUUGUUGUGAAAAGGGGCUGGACAGUCAUCAUGGACACUCAAAAAAGUAGUUACCGUUAGAGUCUAAGCCAGGAUGGGCACGGCCUCCUCUCUGGUGAGCCCCGGCGAGGUGAUCGAGGAUGGGUACGGCGGGGAAGGGGGAGAAGCCUGCGAGAUACCGGUGGAGGUGAAGCCCAAAGCCCGUCUCCUCCGCAGCUCUUUCCGCCGGGGGCCCAGGGUGAUCGGGGCUAGUUUUAAGUCAACAGGCUCCGUGGACCUGGAGUACGCCGCGGAGUACGAGAGACUGCGCAAAGAGUAUGAGAUAUUCCGCGUGAGUAAAAAUAAUGAGAUCGCGUCCAUGCAGAAGAAGGAGGCCAAGUUGGAUGAGGAGAAUAAAAGGCUGAGAGCCGAACUUCAGGCACUGCAGAAGACUUACCAGAAGAUCCUUAGAGAAAAGGAAAGUGCACUUGAGGCGAAGUACCAAGCUAUGGAAAGAGCAUCUACUUUUGAACAUGACAGAGACAAGGUUAAAAGGCAGUUCAAGAUUUUCCGUGAGACAAAAGAAAAAGAGAUUCAGGAUUUGCUGCGGGCUAAAAGAGACCUGGAGGCUAAACUGCAACAGUUGCAAGCACAGGGCAUCCAGGUCUAUGAUCCAAAUGACUCGGACUCAGAUGAUAACCAGACUACUGUCACAGCUGCAGGGACGCAAUGUGAGUACUGGACUGGUGGUGUACUAGGAAGUGAGCCCUCUAUGGGUAGCAUGAUGCAUCUACAACAGACGUUCAGAGGACCAGAGUUUGCUCACAGUCUCAUAGAUGUUGAAGGACCCUUUGCUAAUGUUAGUAGAGAUGAUUGGGAUGCAGCAGUGGCCAGUCUCCUUCAGGUCUCCCCUCAUGUUCCCCAGGCUUUGUGGAGCAACACUGUACGCUGCUACUUUAUUUUUACGCAAGAAACCAAAGAUGAGCUUGACAUAUUUAUAAAGAAACACUCUCCUAAGCUGCGUAGGAUGUGCGAGGGUCUUGGACAUUUCUACCUGAACGUUUUCUUCCCAGAGAACACUGCUGGCUUUUAUGAUGCCGAGCGCAAACUGGAGAUUGAAAGAAGCUCAGUCUGUGUGCUGCUUCUAAAAUCUAAUGUAACCAGUGCGGUGGUGGAUGACUGUGAAGAAGCCUUUGUAAAGAAUCCUGAGGGACAUCCAUUGGUACUUUAUUUGAGAGCUGACCAAGACCAAAAACUGACCACAUCUUCCCGGCAACUGCUGGAAAGGAUUAAUACAGCAGACAAGACAGGAAAAAUUAAGGUUGUGGAUCAUUGCAGUUCUACAGAAGAUGGAGCAAAACUGAUUUAUGCUCAGCUUGAAAGAGUGAUCAAACAGGAGCUGUUGGGUCUUGAGGGAACAGAUGAUGACUCAAAGGAUUACGGGCAUGAGGAUGGACGAGAGGAAGAUUCUGGAGAUGUGCUUUGGGACCUGCAUGACGAGCAAGAGCAGAUCGAGUCAUACCAGCAGGCCUGCUGCAGCAGCAUCUCUCAGCUAGGCUUUCAGAAGUACAUUGACCGGUUAAAUGACAUGAUUGCUGCACCUCCACCCACUCCUCCUCUGCUUAUAUCUGGUGGCCCGGGCUCAGGGAAAUCUCUUCUACUUUCCAAAUGGAUUGAACUACAGCAAAAGCAAUCCCCCAACACAUUGUUCUUGUACCAUUUUGUUGGCCGUCCUCUUUCUACAAGCUCAGAGCCAGUUCUGAUAAUCAAACGCCUCACUGUCAAAUUGCUCCAGCACUUUUGGUCCAUUUCUGGCUUAUCAAUGGAACCUAGUAAGAUCUUAGAAGAAUUUCCUCGCUGGCUUGAAAGGCUGUCUGCACGCCACCAAGGAAAUAUCAUCAUCAUCAUUGAUUCAAUAGAUCAAAUACAGCACGCAGAACGGCACAUGAAGUGGCUGAUUGACCCUCUGCCUGUUAAUGUGCGAGUGGUGGUGUCUGUCAAUGUGGAGACGUGUCCGCAGGCCUGGAGGCUGUGGCCCACCCUUCAUUUAGACCCUCUGAGUCCCAAAGAGGUAAAAAGUGUUGUUAAUGCAGAGUGCCAAAAUGUGGAACUAAAACUUACCAAAGAACAAGAGAAGAAACUUGAACGGCAUUGCCGUUCUGGAUCCACUUGUAAUGCGUUAUACGUCACUUUGUUGGCAAGAGUCAUCACUAGUUUGUGCUGGCCUUUGGAAAAGAGUUUAGACCAAUGCCUACAAUGUCAGGACACCAUGUCACUUUAUCGGGUAGCACUAAAAAUGACACUGAAUUCACUCCGAACAGACAGAGAGCGACACAUUUUGAAAGAAAUUUUGUGCCUUACGUGUGCCAGCCACAAUGGGGUCAGUGAAUCAGAGGUGCUGGACUUUUUCCCUGAGCUGGAGCUUCCUAUGCUUUCCUCAUUACUUUUCCAACUCAAAAACCUGUGCAUUCUAACACUUCGAUGUGGACUCAUUAGGUUCCAACAUCUGCAGGCGUGGGAAGCUGUGAGAUCAGAAUUUUUGAGUGGAGGCAGCAAUACCUCCAUUUACAGAGAGAAGUUGAUUCAUUACUUUAACCAGCAACUAAGCCAGGACCAUGUCACAUGGCGCGUUGCCGAUGAGUUGCCAUGGUUAUUUCAACAACAAGAAGACAAGACCAAAUUGCAGCUCAGCCUUCUGAACCUCUUUGUCUCACAAAAUCUCUAUAAAAGGGGACAUUUCUCUGAACUGUUGGCAUAUUGGCAGUAUGUCGGUAAAGAUAAAAGUUCCAUGGCAACCGAGUAUUUUGACUCCUUGAAGCAUUAUGAGAAAAGCUGUGAAAGUGAAGACAGUAUGACCAAGUUGGCUAACCUCUAUGAGACACUAGGGCGUUUCCUGAAAGACCUAGGCCUCCCAAGCCAGGCUGUGGCUCCUCUUCAACGUUCCUUGGAAAUACGCGAGACUGCGCUGGACCCAGACCAUCCCAGUGUGGCCCGCUCUCUGCAUCAGCUGGCUGGAGUUUAUGUACAGUGGAAGAAGUAUGGAAAUGCCGAGCAGCUGUACAAGCAGGCCCUGGAGAUCAACGAGAACGCCUACGGAGCUGAACAUGCCAGUGUUGCACGAGAGCUUGAGUCCCUGGCUAUGCUGUACCAGAAACAAAACAAGUAUGAGCAAGCUGAGAAACUCCGGAAACGAUCAGUCAAGAUACGUCAGAAGACUGCUCGCCAAAAAGGGCACAUGUAUGGCUUCACAUUAUUGCGACGCAGAGCCCUACAGCUGGAAGAACUCACGCUGGGAAAAGACUCCACAGACUGCGCCAAGACACUCAAUGAGCUUGGUGUCUUAUACUACCUCCAAAACAACCUAGAUGCUGCCAAGAUUUUCCUGACUCGUUCACUGGAGAUGCGUCAGCGCGUUUUGGGGCCAGAUCAUCCAGACUGUGCGCAAUCACUCAACAAUUUAGCCGCCUUGCACACAGAGAGGAGAGAAUACGAGACGGCUGAAGACAUGUAUGAGAGAGCUCUGGACAUCCGCAAGAAGGCCCUGUCCCCUGAUCACCCCUCACUGGCCUACACACUCAAGCACCUGGCCAUGCUGUAUAAACGAAGGGGUAAACUGGAGAAAGCUGUCCCAUUGUAUGAACUCUCUUUGGAAAUAAGAGAAAAAAGUUUCGGACCCAAGCAUCCCAGUGUGGCCACAGCAUUGGUCAACCUAGCUGUAAUCUACUGCCAGCUAAAGAAGCACAGCGAUGCCUUGCCCUUGUAUGAGCGAGCCCUGAAAGUGUAUGAAGACAGUUUGGGUCGCUCACAUCCUCGUGUGGGAGAAACUUUAAAAAACCUAGCAGUGUUAAGUUAUGAGGAGGGAGAGUACGAGAAGGCAGCUGAACUCUACAAACGUGCUAUGGAGAUAAAGGAGGCGGAGCCAUCGCUGGUAUGUGGAAAUGCCCCGUCUCGCCAUUCCUCCAGUGGAGACACAUUCAGCCUCAAAGGACCUGUGCCCCUCCCUCAAGUGUCAAGUUUUGGUCAAUCCAACCCCACUUUCCUAAUCCAGGCUCCAACAAGAAGCUAUGUGCUCAGGAAGAAGCCCCCAGGAAAGCUCCUGCCAGGGGCACACAAGGUGGACAGAGAGUAUCAUGUGCAAAAGGCCCUGUUCUUGGCUGGCUUUCCUGUUCCCCAGCCUCUACUGCACUGCACUGAUACAGACAUCAUUGGAACAGAGUUCUACAUAAUGGAACAUGUAAAGGGCCGUAUAUUCCGGGAUGCCUGUCUCCCUGGACUGUCUGUCGCAGAGAAAACAGCUCUGUAUGUGGCUGCAGUUGAAGUGUUGGCAAAGCUGCAUUCUUUGUCAGUGGCAUCUUUGAAACUUGAAGGAUAUGGAAAAGGAUCAGGGUACAGCAGGAGACAGGUGUCCACCUGGACAAAGCAGUACCGUGCAGCUGCUCACAGAGACAUUCCAGAAAUGAACAAUCUUUCAGAUUGGCUGUUGAAAAAUCUGCCAGAUAAUGAUGAUGAAGUUACUCUUGUGCAUGGAGAUUUCCGGAUAGAUAAUUUAAUAUUUCAUGCCAAAGAGGCUCGUGUAAUUGCAGUGAUAGACUGGGAGCUUUCUACCACUGGCCAGCCAAUGGCUGACUUGGCCUACUUGCUCAUGCCUCACUACUGGCCCAAAGACCUUAAAAUCAUCAGCACAAUGGGCAGCUUCAAUGGAGUAGAAGGUAUUCCAUCUGUGGAGGACCUGAUCUCCAUUUAUUGUAAUUUUCGAGGGAUCCCAUCCUCAAUACCAGAUCUAAACUUCUAUCUGGCUCUAUCAUUCUUUAAAAUGGCAGGCAUUUCCCAGGGGAUUUAUGCUCGCCAUCUCCUGGGGAAUGCCAGUGCCUCAAAUGCUGCUCAGUUUGGCCAGUGUGUGGAGCCACUGGCUAUAAUUGCCUUGCAGAUUGCUCAGAGGUUAAUAUCAGCUCUGUGGUGUAAGAAAUCAUUCAUAUUUACAGCCUCAUUCACAUGUGUUUUUGUCAGGACUCUUUCGAACCCGACUAAAAACAGUGAAGAUCCAUUGUUCCGACAGACAGUGAAAGGACAAACAGUUCUCCAGCAGGUCAAAGACUUCAUGAGAGAAUAUGUUCUACCUGCACAAAAGGAGGUCCAAGAGUAUUACAUCAAACACGCAUACUCCCCGCAAAGAUGGCACACUCCUCAAAUCAUAAAAGACCUUCAGGUGAAGGCAUGGGCAGCCGGACUGUGGAAUCUCUUUUUACCUGCUGUCAGUGGUCUCAGUCAGCUGGAUUAUGCUUAUAUUGCUGAGGAAACAGGGCGCUGCCUCUUUGCUCCAGAGGUCUUUAACUGCCAAGCUCCUGAUACAGGAAAUAUGGAGGUCCUCCACAUGUUUGGUAGCGAGGAACAGAAGAGACUCUGGUUGCAGCCUUUACUCAAAGGGGAGAUCCGGUCCUGCUUCUGUAUGACAGAACCUGAUGUUGCCUCAAGUGAUGCCACAAACAUAGAGUGCACUCUUGACAGAGAUGGAGACAGCUAUAUUAUCAACGGAAAGAAAUGGUGGAUCAGUGGUGCUGGUAAUCCUGACUGUAAAAUAGCUCUUGUCAUGUGCAAAAGCAAACAACCGGAUGCAAGCAACAGACACAGCCACCACAGCACGAUCCUUGUGCCCAUGGACACACUAGGGGUGAUUCGGGUCAGACCGCUCACUGUGUUUGGGCAGGAUGAUGCUAUUCAUGGGGGUCAUUUUGAAGUACACUUUGAGAAUGUGCGUGUUCCCACAUCAAACAUAAUACUAGGAGAAGGCCGUGGUUUUGAAAUCGCACAAGGUCGCCUGGGUCCGGGCAGGCUCCAUCACUGUAUGAGGGCGGUGGGUCUGGCGGAGAUGGCGCUGGAGCUGCUCUGUGAACGCGCCGCUUCAAGGCGCACGUUUGGAAAGGCGCUCUACCAACACGAGGUUGUGGCUCACUGGAUAGCGAAGUGUCGCCUUAUGAUAGAGCAGACCCGUUUGCUGACACUGCACGCAGCCCAUGCGCUGGAUACAAAGGGUAGUCGGGCUGCACGUAAACAGAUUGCCAUGAUUAAAGUGGCUGCAGCUCAGAUGGUCUGUAAAGUGGUGGACUGUGCCAUGCAGGUGUACGGAGGAGCUGGGCUGUCUGGAGACUUUCCUUUGGCUCAAAUGUAUGCAUAUGCAAGAACGCUGCGCCUUGCUGAUGGACCAGAUGAAGUGCACCUCUCUUCUAUUGCUCAGCUAGAACUGAGAGAUCAACUGAAGAAAGCACAGGCCAAACUGUGAAGUAAUGCGACAUGUAUGGGGAUCCUGCAAAAUGCAAUUUUCAUUUGCUACCAAAUAAUGCCUUUUGUAGUUAACUAGUUAACAUUCUGAUGACAGCAUUUUUAUCUAUAAACAGACACUUGAUUAAAAAAAGAAUCAUGUUUAUUAGGAUUUCUUUUUCUAAUAUAAUCUACAAAACGGAAACUGACAGCAUGAAUAAAAGUUAU